AUGCAGGUGGACAAAGACAAGGCGAAGCAGCUGAUGAAGGAGAUUGGGAAAGGGAUCCAGGAGCUGGACCUGACCGGCUGUUACUGGUUGCCUGGCUUGACCAUCGACCAAGUGACCCGCUGCAAGAAUUUGGUGAAGCUGAACCUGUCCGGCUGCCACCUCACCUCCCUUCGCCUCUCGAAGAUGCUCUCCGCCUUGCAGCAGCUUCGCUCGUUGGCCAUCGACGUGAAUCCCGGGUUCGACGCCUCCCACUUGAGCAGCGAGUGCAAGGCCACCCUGAGCCGGGUGCUGGAGUUGAAGCAGACCCUCUACACCCCGUCCUACGGGGUGGUGCCCUGCUGCACCAGCCUGGAGAAGCUGCUGUUGUACUUUGAGAUCCUCGAUCGAUCCCGGGAGGGUUUAAUCAUCUCGGGACAGCUCAUGGUGGGAGAGAGCAACGUGCCCCAUUAUCAGAAUCUACGGGUCUUCUACGCCCGGCUGGCUCCCGGCCCGGUCAACCAGGAAGUGGUGAGGCUCUACUUGGCAGUGCUGAGUGACCGGACUCCGGAGAAGCUUCACGCCUUCCUCAUCUCUGCCCCGGGUGGAUUCGCCCAGAGCUGCGCCGUGAAAAACCUCUUGGAUUCCAUGGCCAGGAACGUGACCUUAGACGCCCUGCAGCUGCCUCGCUCCUGGAUGAACG